GAUUUCGCUCCUUAGAGAUGGGUGCAUGGUAGUUCAAUGUAAGCAGGACCAUUUCCGUCUAUGAUAGCAACUUGUUGAACGAAGGCAGAUUUACUCAUCACACGAUGGAACCGGAUAAAAAGACCGCUUGUCAACCCAGCGUCCCAAGCACUGAGAAAGAAGCCUCAAACCCAUUGGACCAACCAGAAGAAGACUCGUUUCUUAUCUGUUUACUGGAUGAGUUCUGUUAUAUACUCGAUGUGUUGCUCCCGACAACACUUACUAUGCCGUUCUUUUUCCUGUGGAUGAUUUUAACAGCUUUCGCGGCUUGGCAGGUCAAGAUGACCAUCGACUACUUUGAAAUAUGUGAGCUGCUUAUGCUAAAGGAGAUAUCGCGCAGAUUAAUUGUGAGGAUAGUUCUUGUUUAUGUGGCAUAUCGCGCACAAUUUUACCUUGUCAAUCAGUUCUUUGACGAAUGUGUUUGGAAAUUCCCUACGCCGCUUCCUAAAGAAGAACUUCGAGCCAUUAGACAGGAAGGAUCGUAUUUUCGAGAACUAAGAAAAAAACGCGACAGGAAUAUAAAAGAUAGUCCGGUUUUGACCUUGAAACUGGAUGAGGUCAUUCGGCGCUACGCCUGGCAGGCGAUGUUGAAGGAAUGUGAUGAAGACGAGAGAUACAAUUUAGAGAGUAUUGAGAGAACCUACAAAUGCCAACUGGACUGGUCGGUUCUGGGCAUCGAGCACAAGGUCACUAAGUUUUCUCCCAAGGUGAAGGACGGAUCUGAGGCGAAACUUCUCCGAGAUAAUGUCAAGCCAGGUACACGAUGGGUUACGCUGUGGGAAGGUAACUAUGACAACCGAACCGAAGGUAGAGUAACUCACGCUUUUAGCGGAUCACGUGAUACAACAACAUGGGUGGACGUGGACCUAAAACAAUGUUACACGGUCAAGAAACAGGUGUGUGGCUGGUUAAGCCUACCUCAAUAUUUACAAGUCGGCAUAGACAAAGCCCUCAAUCUAAACAAGGUCAAAGGUGAAGUGUUCCAGAAGGUUCACACCUGGGAAAUCAACACGCAGGUCGAAGUUGAGCCAUCGUCUCGAGCCCAUGCUCAGCUGUUAGCGAGACAAGAGUGCUCUGUCGCUGAGUUUGAGAUUCGAACCACUUUUCCUAACCGUAAAGGCUUGCUCCCUGUAACAUUCAAAGGAAAUAUUGAAAAUGAUAUCCUAUAUGACGUCAACAUUGAAAACUUGCUUGAGGCCUUUAGACCCGUGGAAGAGGGCGGAGUUCUUAAACCAGAAGAAAAAGCUUGUGUGGAGUUGGUAGUGGAGAAGUGGCUGGACAAAGAUGGCGUGGAGCACUCGACCUCCCACCCCCAGAUCAUCACCCGGGGCUCCUGUGUCUACCUCAGCUGGACUGACCAGAAAGUGGACAUCAAGACCAGUCCAUUAUCAACGGAAGAGUCCAUUGAUGAAAAACGCGGAAUAAACAAGGUGCCCGUCAACCAUGCUGACGAAAACCCAAGCGCCAAUGCUUUUGUUGUCGUCGAUUAGCUAGCUAUAUGUUCACAGCUAGUUAGCUGUAGAAAAAAAAACAUGCUUUUGCUCAUUACAAGACACAUACAUAUAAUCUUAAUUAGGCUUAGGCCUAACGAUAACUAACACAGGUAGUUCAGAUAGAUAAAAUACAUAAUACUUUUUUUUUCCUUUAAUCAGAACUAUUCUGGUUUUAAAUGUUAUAAAAUGCGCAUAUUUCAAGAAAGUUAGCAAGAAUUAUUUUUUUAGUUUAAAAUCUGCAUUAUGUGUAUGUCGUUUUAAAUGACUCUUGUUUAUAAAUAUUAAAAUCACACAUACCGUUUUCCACCUCAGCUGGCAAUGAUACUUAAUUAGGCUUAAGAUUAAUUUGGUUUACGUCAGUUUAUCGCUAGAGUAGUCUAGUCCAAAUACAAAUCGAUGGGAGCUUUUUUACGUCGGUUUUUUUUCUCGUUGUAUUUUUUUUUUAAUUAUACGUAACCCAGUUUUCUAAAUGUAAAAAUUUCCAAAUUUUAAAAAAAUCGCAUGAUUGAAAACAAACGUCUGAAGAUUGACGACAAUAUUAUUGGUGGUAUGUAAAUGGUUGGAAUAGAUUGCAAAUGUUGAAAUCUAUUCAUAUCUUUCAAAUAGAUUAUAAAUAAUUGUGGAUUAAUAGGAAAGUAAACAUAAAAUUUGAAAUGUUGUAAAUUAAGCAAGAUUUUUUAUCAAAUUACAUUUUUUAUAAUCUUUUAUAGAAAUGAAUAAAAAUGCUUUA